AUGAUGCAUCUAAAGUUGGGUAUUGGGGCUGUUUUAAGUCAAGAAGGACGACAUGUAGCGUUUUAUAGUGAGAAGCUCAACGGUUCGAAAUUAGACUAUACCAAAUAUGAUGUGGAGUUUUAUGUGGUUGUUCAAGCUCUCAAGCACUGGAGUUCGUAUCUAGCUCAUAAUGAAUUUUUUUUGUUUACUGAUCAUGAGGCCCUGAAGUAUAUUAAUUCACAAGAUAAACUCUGUGCUCGCCAUGCUAAAUGGGCAUCAUAUCUGCAGCAGUUCACCUUUGUUCUUAAGCAUCAGUCAGGCGCUUUGAAUCAAGUAGCAGAUGCGCUUAGUCGUAGAGCCAAUUUUCUCACGACCAUGAGGAGCCAUGUGUUGGGUUUUGAUUCCUUGCGUUAUUUAAUAGAUACAGACCCGUACUUUGCUCCUAUCAUACAUAAUGUGGCAGCGGGUGUACGUUUUAAUUUUAUGAUACAUGAGCCUCUCCGCACGCGCUUCCGCGCUUGCGAGAGGAUUUUUUUAAAAAAAAUUUAA